AUGCCAGUGCCAAAGGACAAGCGUCACGUGACAGGAUUACCUGCAGCUGGUGAUGACCAUUGUGUCGAGCGCUACACCCCUGGAAUUGGCCAGAUUGGCGAAGAGGAGAGAAUUAAAAAGGAAAUUAUCCAACUUUUGAGCAUAGAGCCCAUGCCACACUCGGUACUUAACAAGGCUCUGCCUGAGGGAACCAACCAUGAGACUGGCAUGGAGAAGGUGAUCGACAGUGUAGCUGAUUUUAAGAAAUCAUCUGGUGCAACCAAAGGCUUCUAUGAAUUGAAGAAGUCAUAUUACUCUCACUACAACCUCUUCUUCUACCACUACACUCGGGAAGAACAGAGCAAGUCCGAGGUGGCACAGAGAGCAAGAAAGAAGACUGCUGGUGAGGAGGAGUGCUGUCCACCACCUGUCCCUCCUGCAUUUACUGUUCCUUUCACCAUGAUUGUCAACAUCCUCCAGUGUGAUGUUUUCCUUCAUAUCCUGAAGACAGUUUUGAAGAGAAUGAUGGAUCUGAAAUCCCAGAGUGUGAGUGAGUCACAGCUACAGAAGGUCCUUCAUCUAGUUGGAUAUGCACUUCAUGAAGAGGAGCGCUACUAUCACAACAAUGACCCCUACUUCCACUUCACACGAAGGGCCCAGAAGAUUAACCUACUUGGUCUGCUUGAGGGUCUUGUGGGACACCACAGAACCACCACACAUAAAGACCUCCUGGCAUGGACAAUCAGAAAGUACCACAGUGUGCUGAGUCUGUCAGCUUCUUCAAGCAAAGAAGCUCAAACAUCAGAGGCAGUGAUGGCUUCUACCUCUACCUCAGUCGCAGCUUCUGCUAGCUCCGAGAAGAAACGAAGGUCUGACAUUGCUGCACAGAGAAAGGCACGCAUUAUGAUGAAGAUGGCAUCCAUGCAACAAAACUUCAUCAAGACCAAUGAAACGCUUUUCCAGGAAACCUCUUCAACAGAGCAGACAAAUGAUGUUGUUGAACCAACACCAAUGGACCUCACAGAACAGCUACCGGAGGACAUGAUAGCUAUUGGUCCUCGCCAGACCCUAGUGCAACCUCAGGAAGUUAGCCACACCUGCAUUCUGUGCCACCAAGAAGACCAGGUUGGCCGUGGUGAAGGUUCAACAGGCAGAGCCAUGGUGCUUGGGGCCCUUGUCCAGAGAUCGACAGUCCUUUCUCGCAAUCGAGCCCGGCGCUUGGAUCAGCCAGACAACCAUGACCCACUGUUACUCCCAGCUGACCUCUAUUGGGGUGCACACACAUCCUCCUGUGGUCACACCAUGCACGCUCACUGCUGGCAGGAGUACUUUGACGAUGUGGUCAAGAAGGAGAGGAGGAAACCCUAUCGGUGAGUGUUGAAAUUA